AUGCGCUUCCUCAUCCUGUGUAGAGUCCACUGCGUGCUUGGUGCUUGUGGGCGCUCCUCGGCCCCGCCCCGCUGCUCUCGCAGCAGCGCGGGGCACGAGGCCCCGGGCCUCGCGCCGUCGAGUGCCGUGCCCGUGCAGGAGCACCUCACGGAGUUGCGACAGCACCUCGGGGGGGAGGAUUUGUUCAAGGCCGUGGACUCCAAGGCCUGCGCGCGGAGCCGCAGGGAGGGUUCUGGAGACUGCCGACGAGUUCGUGCGGCCAAGACGCUGGAGUAUCGGAGCCUGGUCGCCGCUCCGACCGUGCUGGUCGCCCGCCAGCUCUGCAGCUCUGCGACCAAGAGGGGUUACGGCAGCUUGACUGCAGGUCUGAAACGCAGCGGCCUCGGCGCCUCCCCGGGCCGCCCCAGCACGGGCGGCGAGGGCCCCGCGGCGCCCGAGGGGCCAGGGCCAGGUGGGCGCAUAGUGCUAGUUUGCACGGUGGUUUACGUCCCGUCGCUGUCUGGGUUCCUGGGCGCGAGCCUGUAUGUGCGCGGUCGUGACAUGGGCCGUAUCUAUCUCCAUGGGGUGGCGGCCCAGAGGGUAAAGGCCGCGAUCACGCGGGAGUUCAACUCCGGGUCGCACGCCAUGAGGGUGGUGGUGCCCAAGGGCAAGAAGCGCAGGGCGGCCGCCGACCCCGACGACCCCGACGGCCCGGACGCGGACGAGGACGCUGGGCCGCCCCCCGCGGACGGCGACGAGGACAGCGGGGACGACGCCGCCGCGUCGGGCCUGAUCAAGGUGAAGGGCAAGGCGAAGGCCAAGGCCAAGGGCAAGGCCAAGGCGAAGGCCUCCGCGGGCGGCGCCGCCGACGAGGCCGCCGGAGCGGCGGCGCCGAAGGCGAAGGGCCGGGCCAAGGCGAAGGCGAGGCGCUGA